AUGAUGAAGCGGCAGCUGCACCGCAUGCGGCAGCUGGCCCACACGGGCAGCUUGGGUCGCACUCCUGAGACUGCCGAGUUCCUGGGUGAGGACCUGCUGCAGGUGGAGCAGCGCCUGGAGCCCGCCAAGCGAGCAGCCCACAAUGUCCACAAACGGCUGCAGGCCUGUCUGCAGGGCCAGAGUGGGGCCGACAUGGACAAGCGGGUGAAGAAGCUUCCCCUCAUGGCCCUGUCCACCACCAUGGCCGAGAGCUUCAAGGAGCUGGACCCGGAUUCCAGCAUGGGGAAGGCCUUGGAGAUGAGCUGUGUCAUCCAGAACCAGCUGGCCCGCAUCCUGGCCGAGUUUGAGAUGACCCUGGAGAGGGAUGUCCUGCAGCCACUCAGCAGGCUGAGUGAGGAGGAGCUGCCAACCAUCCUUAAGCACAAGAAAAGCCUGCAAAAGCUGGUCUCCGACUGGAACACCCUCAAGAGCAGGCUCAGCCAGGCAGCCAAGAACUCAGGCAGCAGUCAAGGCCUCGGCGGCCCAGGCGGCCACGGCCACCCCACCACAGCCAACAAGGUGGAGACGCUCAAGGAGGAGGAGGAGGAGCUGAAGAGGAAGGUGGAGCAGUGCAAGGAUGAGUACUUGGCGGAUCUGUACCACUUUGCCACCAAGGAGGACUCAUAUGCCAACUACUUCAUUCAUCUCCUGGAGAUUCAGGCUGAUUAUCAUCGCAGGUCACUGUCUUCACUGGACACAGCCCUGGCUGAGCUGAGGGACAAUCACAGUCAAGCAGACUCCUCCCCUUCGAUGACGGCCGCCCCCUUCUCCAGGGUGUAUGGGGUGUCACUGGCAAGCCACCUGCAAGAGCUGGGCCGGGACAUUGCCCUGCCAAUUGAGGCCUGCGUCCUGAUGCUGCUCUCUGAGGGCAUGCAGGAAGAGGGCCUCUUCCGUCUGGCCGCUGGGGCCUCGGUGCUGAAGCGCCUCAAGCAGACGAUGGCCUCGGACCCCCGCGGCCUGGAGGCGUUCUGCUCAGACCCCCACGCCGUGGCAGGUGCCCUCAAGUCCUAUCUUCGGGAGCUGCCAGAGCCCCUGAUGACCUUUGACCUCUACGAUGACUGGAUGAGGGCAGCCAGCCUAAAGGAGCCUGCGGCCCGGCUGGAGGCCCUUCGAGAAGCCUGUCACCGCCUGCCCCAGGAGAACCUCAGCAACCUCAGGUACCUGAUGAAGUUCCUGGCACGGCUGGCCGAGGAGCAGGAGGUGAACAAGAUGACGCCCAGCAACAUCGCCAUCGUCCUGGGGCCCAACCUACUGUGGCCGCCUGAGAAGGAAGGGGACCAGGCCCAGCUGGACGCGGCCUCCGUGUCUUCCAUCCAGGUGGUGGGCGUGGUCGAGGCGCUGAUCCAGAACGCAGACACCCUCUUCCCUGGAGACAUCAACUUCAACGUGUCAGGCCUCUUCUCAGCCCUCGCCCCUCAGGACAAGGUCAGCGACAGGCCUGCGUCUGAGGAGCUGCCCCCUGUUGCUGUGCCCACCCCAGCUGCCACCCUGGCCCCAGCCCCAGCUUCAGUGGCCCCCAAGGAAAGGACAGAGGCUGAGGCCCCACCCCGACCAGCCUCCCCCAAGGUCAACAGAAGCCCCCCAGAGACAGCUGCCCCAGCAGAGGACACGGCUCGGAGGACCAAGCGCCCGGCGCCAGCCAGGCCCACCAUGCCACCUCCACAGCUCUCUGCCACCCGCUCCUCCCCGCCAGCCCCGCCCGUGUCCCCUGGCUCCAGCAGCCCUGUGACACCCCGAGCUCUGCCCCGCCGUCUGGUGGGUAGCAGCCUCCGGGCCCCCACUGUGCCACCCCCGUUGCCCCCUGUCCCCCCUCAGCCAGCCCGGCGCCAGAGCCGGCGUUCACCACCCUCUCCUGGCCUGGCCUCCCCGGGGCCAGCCUCCCCUGACCCAGUCUCCAUGAGUCUGCCUGCACAGGCGGACCUGGGGGCCACCACAGGGGACAGAGGGGUCCCUGAGGCUGCAGCUGCGGCCCCCAAUCCCCCAGCUGUGCCCCCUCAGCCCCGGCCCAGGGGCCUAGCCUCGGAGACCGAUUGAGCAGGCAGCUCCUCUCUGGCUAGCCCUCCGCGUCCCCUCCAUGUCCCCUUCCGCCUGGACCUCCCAGGACAGCCUUGCCCCUCCCAAGGAGUAGCGACCUC